AUGAGUGUAACAGUUCCUCCGACAGAGGAAAAUAUUGGGCGAUCAAAUCCUCCGAUCGUCAGGAUCAUGCAAAACACCGAUUUCCAGAGAAUUCGCAAUACGUCGUGGAUGUUAUUGUUUUGCUAUCUAGUGCUGUAUUCCAGGAGGAGUAAAAAUCAAGUAUGUUCGCAGGGAACAGCUGAUCGUUCGCGUAGUUAUGGAACAUCCCUUUUCUACUACGAAAAGAUGAAGAUAGAUGGAGAGUGCAAGAAAGACAAGAAAGGGAGACAGCUUUAUGUGCCCCGCGCCUUAUGUAUUUUAUCCCAUCAACCCUUUUUUACUGCCUUCAACGUUUUUCUUCGGGAAUUAUAUCGAAAUGCCAUCCUCGAUUCAGAAGACCAAUUUGCAGACGAAAACGAUUCGAUUCCGCGAGUUGAAUCCUUUGAAGCAUUGUUGCGAAAGGGUUCCCUUUACGACACCCUUCUUGACGACAGCAUGGCACUCCUUCCCCUGGAAAAACACAUUCAGCAUUUCAUCGACUUUUGUCCCUCUCUGGAUCCAGGCUUUUUGAUUCACCUCCCGGUGUUUCAGAAGAUUUAUACGAUUCGAAUUCCUCCUCUGACGCGCCUCCCCUACACCGACAAGCUGUGUUUCAAGUGUCUUUUCACUUCUCUUUCUCCCAAAAACAUCGUGAAAGUCUACGCAGCGAUCCUCCAGGAGCAGCGCGUCCUCUUCGUUUCCGAGCAGAUGGACUCCUUAACCCUCUGCGCUCAAGCGUUCAAUAGUUUGCUCUAUCCUUUCCGCUGGUUCCAUCCGUUCAUUCCCAUUCUUCCCUUCGCUGUAACCGAAACGAUCUCUGCGUCGUUUCCUUACAUUUUCGGAGUCACGACCAAUCAGUUCGAGACGGAAGAUUGCCAGAACAAUCUGGACGGCGUGAUUGUCGUGUAUCUGGACUACGAUAAAGUGGUGGUUCCCAAAUCGUGCCAUCUUGUGGAAUUCCGAAAAAGCUUCGUCAAGAAAGUAGUGACUCAGAUGGAGAACACGUGUUCUUUAUUGUGA